UUUCAGAAGUGAUUGUUGGAGAAAAUGGCGUGCAGUGCAAUAUAUUUCCUGGAUAUGAAGGGGAAGGUUCUUAUCUCCAGGAACUAUCGAGGAGAUAUCGACAACUCCGUCAUUGAUAAGUUUAUUGGUCUUGUAUCAGAGCUUGACGACGACAACAACAUGAAUCCUCUGAUAAAGACGGAGGAGUGCACCUUCGCCUUCAUCAAGCACAGCAACGUGUACGUGGUGGCGACCACCAGGAAGAAUUCUAAUAUCGCAAUGCUCUUCUCUCUUCUACACAGAAUAUGUCAGGUGAUGCAGGAGUACUUCAAGGAGGUCGAGGAGGAGUCCAUCAGGGACAACUUUGUAAUCUGUUACGAGCUCUUAGACGAACUCGUGGAUUUCGGAUAUCCUCAGACUACUGAUGCAAAGAUACUGCAGGAGUACAUUACUCAGGAGGGAUAUAAACUCGAGGUUGCCAUGAAACCUCCUCCUGCUGUUACUAAUGCUGUAUCCUGGAGAAGUGACGGAAUUAAGUACAGAAAGAAUGAAGUCUUCCUGGAUGUAAUUGAGAGUGUUAACCUCCUAGCAGGGGCAUCAGGGAACGUUCUCAGGUCGGAGAUAGUAGGAGCUAUAAAGAUGAGAGUUUAUCUCUCCGGUAUGCCAGAACUUAGGCUAGGUCUCAACGAUAAGGUUUGAGAAUGACAGGACGAUCUCGUUUAUCCCCCCUGACGGAGAGUUUGAGUUGAUGUCCUACAGGUUGAGUACUCAUGUCAAACCUCUCAUCUGGAUCGAGUCUGUCAUAGAGAGACAUGAUCACAGCAGAAUUGAGAUAAUGGUGAAGGCUAAGUCCCAGUUUAAACGACGAUCUACUGCUAACAAUGUCGAGAUUGUUAUCCCUGUUCCCAGUGAUGCAGACUCCCCUAAGUUUAAAACUACAAUAGGACAUUGUAAAUAUGCUCCUGAGCAGAAUGCUGUGGUCUGGACAAUCAAAUCAUUCCCAGGCGGGAAGGAAUAUCUCAUGAAGGCGCAUUUCGGUUUACCCAGUGUUGUGAGUGACUUGAACGAGGGAAAACCUCCAAUCAGCGUUAAAUUUGAGAUUCCAUACUUUACCACUUCCGGGAUACAGGUUCGAUACUUGAAGAUCAUUGAGAAGUCAGGAUACCAAGCUCUUCCCUGGGUUCGGUAUAUCACACAGAACGGAGACUAUCAGCUCAGGACUCAAUGAGAACCCGGAGUCAGGACUCUAUUACAUGACUCAGAACUCAGUAUGCGAAACGGAUCAAGACUCCAUGGUGACGUUGAGUAAGGACUCAUUUGAACCCAGAGAAUUGAUUCCUCGAGUUGUCCAAUUCAAUCAAAUAUCUUUGAUAAGACUAUUUACCCAGAUAUUCCUGAGACCAAUUCCUGUCAAAAGAAGUUCUGAAUUACGAUAAAAAUUAAUUUGUUUAAAUUUGGAGAGAGCAUUUAUUUUUUAGGGGGUGCAGCAGAUUAUUUCUUUUUAUGUUGAAAACCCUUUUUCUACAAAACAGGCUUGCUCAGCUAGGCUGCGCUUGCUGGGUAUAAAAAGGGUUAGCAACGCUUUAUAAGUGCCUAGUUUUGCCUGUAGUCUUGUCUCUACCAUAUCUGCAAUAUAUGUUUCAAGGUAUUUUUCUUGAUAAGUUUAAGACAGAGUUUUAGAAGAUUUAGUUUAGAGAAUUGAUUCUAUAUGAAAAGGGUUUAUUUUCACUUGAGAGUUUCCUGGAUAGAAUAGAGAGAGAGAUUUAUUCAAGUGUAAAAGCAGUAUAUUUUUAAAAAAGAACUUAUUCAGAUUUAGUCAUACUUUAAAUGGAGUAGGUCUUUAAAGGGUCUUUAAAGGGUCAUUAAAGGGUUACACAGGGGGUCAAUUUUUAAUAUUUUUAAUUAAAAAUGAAAAGAUUUGCUAAUUUUAUCAAUAUGAAGUAGGUUAGACUUACAUGUUUUUAUUUAUAAACUAUAUUUUAUUGUUCCGAGUAUUAUGUAUUUUGAUGCCCUCCGCCGCCCCUUUUUAUAAGAUU